AUCGAUCUCGGCUCAGAAAUCAGAAUCCUCUCGCUCGCUCGAGCUCGGCUCAUUGACAGCCCUCCCGCUCAGAGGGCUCAGCCGCUCAGUGGCCUCAAGUUCAUCUCCUCCCUUCUCUUGGACUCUCUCCUCCCUUUGCUCUUCCUUCCCUGCCGGCGGCGACUGGGCAAGCGGCGGCGCCAUUUGUCCUGUCUUCGCCCAGCCCUUUGCCGGCGACGAGCGCAUCCUCCAGAAUCAUCGGGUGUACAAGUGUACACCCAUGUCCUAUGCUGGGUCAGCCCCUGCGGAAUGGGCAACCAAGGUGCCCUGCCUCAUGGGGAUCGACGAGGCUGGCCGUGGCCCUGUCCUUGGUCCAAUGGUGUAUGGAUGCAUGUACUGCGCGCGGUCUUACAACAAUACUCUUGCCACCCUCAAAUUCGCAGAUUCAAAGACCUUGAAGGAGGAACAAAGGGAGGAGCUAUUUGAAAGUUUAAAGGUCAAUAGCUCUAUUGGGUGGGAAGUGGAUGUCAUAUGUCCAAAGGAUCUAUCUGCUAAAAUGUUAAAAAGAUCGAAAGUAAAUCUAAAUGAAAUAUCACAUAACUCUGCCAUGGGCCUUGUUAGAAAAGUUCUUAACAUGGGAGUACUACUGGCAGGAGUAAGAGCAUAUGUUCUUGAAUACAAAAGGACCUCUUGUGCAGUUAUCCACAUAGGAUUAUCCACUACAUUGUUUUGUAAUUUAUUCCUACUUGAAAUGGUGUAUAUAGAUACAGUGGGGGAUCCUGAGAAGUAUCGGAUCAAGCUGACUGAAAAGUUUCCAGGCAUUAAAUUUGUGGUUGCCAAAAAAGCCGAUAGCCUUUACCCAGUUGUUAGUGGGGCAAGUAUAGUGGCAAAGGUCACUAGGGACAGGGCCUUGCGAAACUGGGUGUUUGAUGAAACAGCUCUAAAUAUGCACAUGAAAACUGGAUCAGGCUAUCCAGGAGACCCUGAUACAAAGCAAUGGCUAGAAGAUCACAAGCACCCGGUAUUUGGCUUCCCGACCCUGGUUCGUUUUAGUUGGGGAACUUGCACACCCUUCUUCAAGGAUGCAGUUGAGGUUACAUGGGAGUCCGAUGAAGAUGCAACUAACAAUGGAAGAGCCAAGCGACAAGUCAAGCUUUCUAGCCUAGUGUAGCGAAAAUGGCCUCUCAUGCCAUAUUUCAAUAUAAUGUUUUGGCGAUUGAUGACACACACAACACUUGGACUAAUAUGAUUGUUAAGAUGAACAUUCCCAGGCUUUUAGGUUCAA